UUCGAACCGGAAGGUCCCUGGCCCCUGAACUCGGCGCGUGUUACCCCUCCUGGCUAUCUCAAUUCUUACACGCCGCCAAAAAGUCCAGUUUGAGUGAGCCUGCGAGGGUGCCUACAGCAUCACAUCACGAAUCGAGACUUCUUGAGAGAAACAUCCGAGGGUUUUCAACGACAACACGAGACACAAGCGGUGAAGGAAGAGUUCCGACGGGCAUAAGUAACAUCUUGAUCCCCUGGGAAUCAGCGUUACCAUCUCGCAAACCGGACGGACUCAUCGGAAGCUCACGACGUCUCCGCCUCCAAAACUUGCACUCCACCACAACUUCUCCAACAGUAACACCAUCAACGAUCAACAUGCCACCACCCGAGCCCGAGGCCUCGUCGCCCAUCACCACGGCCGACGUGGUCUUCACCGAAGCCACCCCAGAGCAACGCAUCCUCUCCUGGGAACUCAACGGCGCCUCCUGGGCCCCACCCAUGACCGUCAGGCAGUACGUCGGCCGCGAGACCGCCCUCUCCGAAACCACGCUGUCCGCCAACGGCGGAACCAAGUACUUCAUCCUGCACCCCAAGGACGACCCAUCCACCAUCGUCUCCGCAUGCGAGGUAACCGCCAAACGCGCCAUCGUCGCCGACGCCAGCAGCGGCGACGCCAGCAGCGGCAGUGGGACCACCCGGGAAGUGGCGGCGUACGCCAUCGCCAGCGUCUUCACCAACCCGCGCUUCCGUGAGCGCGGCAUGGCCGGCCACAUGCUGAGGUGUGUGCAGGAUGCGGUUGACGCGACGACUGAGUGCGGCGCGCUGUAUAGCGACAUUGGCCGGGUUUACUACACGCGGCUGGGAUGGAAGGACUUCCGCAGCCCGCAGGUCUUGUUGGCUCUUGAUGAUAACCUACCCGCUGCCUGCCCUGACGGUGUGGCCCUCCUAAACGCGGCGGAUGUUGCAACGCUGUGCGACCGGGAUGUGGAGGUGGUUAAGGGCCGGUUCCAGCGGCUGGCGGAGUCAGGGGACGGGAAGACGCAUGUUACCUUCUUGCCGACGCCCGAACAGAUGGCGUGGCAUUUCACGCGGGAUGCGUACGUGUGCAAGACGCUGCUCGGGAGGGAGGUGGUGCAUCGCGGGGCCAAGACGGAGGACGGGGCUAGCUGGAUUUACUGGGACCAUGACCUGCGCGACAAGAAGUUGAAGGUGCUCAGGAUUGUCAUGCGUGAGGGGGGUGGGCCGGAGAAGCAGCGGGAGGAUGUCAAGAGGCUGCUGCUGGCUGCGGUAGCGGAGGCGAGGGAGUGGGCGUUGCCGAAGGUGUUGGUUUGGGAUCCCAGCAGAGAGGUGGCCGAGAUUGCAACUGGGAUUUGGAAGGAGUUGGGUCCCCAGGUGCAAGUCAUCUUUGAGGAACGCGAGGACGGUUCGAUCCCCAGUCUGAGGUGGAAGGGCGGCAAAGGAUUGGAGGGGGUUGUGUGGGAGAGCAACGAAUAUUAUGCUUGGUGCUAAUGUUGAUUAGACGGAAUAAGUGAGGCGAACACGUCCGAAAGAUCCCGUUACGUUUGGCACUUGAACCUGUUUUCCUGGAAAUGCCUGACCAAUGUCUGCCAUAACCGCCUCAACAA